AUGAGCAAUGCUUCGCAAGAGGUCAAAGGCACAAGAAUAACAGCCUGCACGGAAUGCCGCCAACAGAAGCUUCGAUGCGAUGCGUCCAAAGACUACUCUCAGCCAUGCUCGCGGUGCCAACGGUUUAAAUUGGAUUGUGUCGUCUCCAAGAACUUUAAACGAGUGAAACGGCGCACCAAGACCGAACUGCAAGCCGAGCUAGAUCAGCUGAAGAAACAAGUCGGGACCGGUACGCCUGAACAGAAGAGUCAGUCUCAAUCCGUGAACAAUCUAUCUACUUUCGGGAAUUUCCUAGGCCUGCCAGCCGCACCAACGCCGACAGGAGCAUAUGCGACGCCCCAAGUUGUGAGUUUCAGCCCUCGGUCGCUGGGCACUUCAACAAAUGUUUCCGCACCCCCAGCGCCAGAUCCAAGCCAUGGAAACGUCCUACAAGCCAAUACCCAAUGCUCGACCACCCGGCCACAGACUGUCCAAGAUGUUCUUGUCGACGCGCAAGACAUCGACGAAUGCUUCGGAUUGUUUUUCGAGAAGAAUUUACCCUACCUCCCAAUUUUCGACCAGAAACUGCAACCGAAUGACUGUUAUGGGGCUUCCCCGUUUCUCUUCUGGACUAUACUCGCCAUCGGCUCACGAAGGUACUCGAAGGAUCCUACCUUAAUCCUUCUUCUUGCUCCGAAGGUUUUGGAACUGGCAAAGGCCGCAAUCUUCUCCCUUGAAAGAGUUUUACCAACGAUUCAAGCUCUUGUACUUCUCUGUACCUGGCAGAUGCCUAUCGACACGUUACAGAAAGACGUAACCCCACAGCUAGCGGGGGCAAUGAUACAGCUCGCAACAAACGUCGGGCUUCAUGUAUAUGGUUCAGUUCAGGAUUUUACACGAGUGCCACUCAAAUAUGAUAGUCAACAGAGGAGCUUCAGAACCAGGUUAUGGUCGAUGUGUCUAUAUACCUGCCAAAGAGUCAACAAUUCGCGAGGCCUUCCGCCCCUGGUAUUAACAGACACUUAUAGCCACGAGGGCUACAAAGAAAAUCCGCUUGCCACACUAUCUCCCACAGUACGGUUUCAAAGGAAGUUAAAUCAUAUGCUAAGCGAAGGCAUUUUGCAAAUCGACCGGGAUGCCUUGUCAAAAAGGCCAGAUGAGCGCAACAUGAUGCUCGGGCCUACCAUCGAUGGUUGUCUAUCAAAGCUAGCUGCUUUAAGCACAGAAUGUCCUACCAAACAAGAUCAACUCAUGCUGCGGAUCGCCGAGUUGCAAGUCUCGGCCUGCCACUUGAUAGCGCCAUCAUCGACCAUUGGACAAAGCCACCUCGUUAAAAUGUACACCGAUGCGUGUGCCGUGAUUGAGCUCGCUUCAGAACUGGACCGGGAGCAAGGAAUGGCAGAGUAUGGCUCAACGAACGUCAACAUGAAUUGGAACCUCGCCGCUUUCAUUAUCCUGCGCGUUGGAAAGUCACAUGUGCGCGAAGCGCUGGACUUGAAACGUGGACAAAAGUGUUAUUUCUCGGCCAUAAAUCUGAACAAGAGACAGAGCGUGAGGUCGGACGACAUAUCGGCACGGGCGACGAUGAUCUUGUCACAGCUGUGGACUAGUAAAGUGGUGAUCAAACAACCCGAUGGCACUCCCGACAGUCUCUGGCUCCGCUGUCGAAACAGGCUCGGGGUCAGCGUGACCUUUGAUUGUUUCUGGCUGUGGCGACAAGAGUUUGGAGGACAGCCAAACCCGUACGAGGGAGUCGAAGAUGAAAAAGCAACCUCCACCGCUAAACCUGUUGUCUGGAGCUCCCCCGCCACAGACUCGGUCAACAUGAUGAUGGGGAUCGGAUGGUCACCAGACACGGUAUUCCAAGACUUUCAGUGGCCGAUCUUUGACGAAUUCUUGUACGAUGGCUGGUUGGGAGGGGGCAGCAAUGAAGCGACCCUGACACAAUGAAAUAUCGACAGUCGUUACUUUGGGAGGAACAAGCAGAGUGACAAACGAAUGCUUCAGCAGGUAGAACAGUGAGCGGCCACGGCCAAGCAAAAUUGCGAAGGACGGACUGUUUCGACCACACUCUGGACACUUCCCGGACGAGUAUAUCAAUAUAAUCAUUCAGCUAGUAAUGCCUCAAUGACCC